AUGAGCGUUCAUCUCAUUAGGCUAGAUGAUCGUGAUCCUUCUAUUAUAUAUUCCAAUGCUACCUGGGCUUCAGCAGGAAACGGCUACGAGUAUAUGCGUACCACCUCCAGAAGUAACCGAGUCGGAGCGUAUAUGAGAAUUCCUUUCAAUGGCACCAAAAUCGCGAUCUAUGGAACCAUUGACUCUUCCACCAUCGGCACGCUCCCCCAGUCCCUCAUCACCAUCGAUGAUGCUCGGGGAUUUAUAUUUCUAGCCGACCAAACUGCGGAGGUUCAGUACCAGCAAAAGUUCUGGGAGUCGGGCAAUUUACCUCCUGGUCCCCACCUUCUCACCGUUAACAUUAUAUCCGGCUCUUCCAUGAAAGCUGCGUUCACCUUCGACUACGUCGAAUAUUAUCCAGUUGACUUAAACUCGAACUUGACAUCCGCUUCUACCUCGUCAUCGACCUCUACAUCUACCCCCUCUAGUGUCUCAUCAACGUCGAACGCAUCCGGCUCAGGUCAUAAAAAAUCCUCAACACCUGUGAUACUUUUGGACGACGAUCGCCGUCACAUAACGAAAGAAGCAUUACACCUUUCAUUACGCACAGCCGGAAUCCCUCAAAUGCCUUCACAGUACCUCUCUUCUAGAGCUGCUGCCCAAACGCCUUCAAUACGAAAUGGCGUCUCAUCCAGUCAAAAAUCUUCCUCUGGUGGUGCUUCCAGCAGUCAACAAACUACCGGCCAGGUAAACAAUACUCCUCUGAGCCCUGGAGAGGAACGACGUAACCCGCCUCCUCGCUACGAGUCGUACAGAUUCCCUAGAGCUCCGCCGGCCCAAACAACGAACUCAUAA